AGAGAUGGAUGGAUGGAUGCAUGGAUGGGUGGAUGGAUGGGUGGAUGCAGCGUCGACGCGCGGACAAGUUCCUCGCGCGGAUGUGACCCCGACUGGCGCUGCGGCGCGACACCCACCGCCCCUUCGUGAACGCGCAAACAUCUCCUUCUAUUUAAGGCCCGCGCGUCGCCUGUCCCGUCCGCGCUCGCUCAGACAGUCGCGCUCUCGCCUCGCUCGCUCACCUCGACUCGAGCCAUGGCGCGUUUCGCCAGCGCGCUGCUCUGCGCGGCCCUCCUCUCUUUCGCGCAGGGCUACGCUGUGGAGGACCUGAGAGAAGCCAUGCUUCGGACGCUGCGCCUCGGUGACGUCCCCGUGGCUCACGAGCGGGACUUGGAGAAGCUCGUGAUCCCGGGCCACGUGAGGAACAAGUACGCGUCCAUGGUGACGGCGCACAACCGGCGGAGGCGGCGCUCCCUGUCGAGCCUGGGCGGCAUCCUGAGGGGCAUCGCGGGCAACGCGGACAUUUCAGGGAAAAUAAUGUAUUCGGAUGCCACCCGGCAGCAGCUGGUCUUCGACAUGGAGGCCAGAAUUCCGGAUAAAAGCGAAGUCACCAUGGCAGAACUAAAACUGUUCAAGAGGGCGCCUCGCAAAACGUCCGUACCCGACAAAAAGACCCACCGCCCUGUCAACAAUGCGAGAGUGAGCAUCUACUGGAUGGAGGUCCUUGAGAGUGGCUCCAACCGCACAUCUCUUGUAGAUUCCAGAUUGGUGCCCAUCCACGAAACGGGCUGGAAGAGCUUUGAUGUGACGCAGGCCGUCCAUUGCUGGCUGAAGUCCAAAGGAAAGGCUCCCUUGUUCCUGGAGGUGUGGAUAGAGGGCGAGAGGCCGGGUCACCGUGCGGCCGAGGUCGCCAAGUCUGUCCGCUUCGCCGCCCAAGAUCCGGAAGACAAGUCUCCGGGAAAACCCGAACUCGUGCUUUAUACGCUUGAUCUUGAGGAAUUUGGCUCCCCAGGUGACUGCGACUCGAGCGAAGGCGGCGGUAUUUGCUGCAGGGAGGAGUAUUUCAUUAACUUCCGAGAGCUCGCAUGGACGCAGUACUGGAUCGUCGAACCGGCGGGGUACCAGGCCUUCCGGUGCACGGGCGGGUGCAGGCAGCCAAAGCGUUACCAUGGAUAUGGUGAAAGGAGGUGCGCUGUGGUGGAGAGCGCACCUCUGCCAGUGAUGUACCUGGUGAAAAAGGACGAUUACACUGAAAUCGAAGUGGCCGAAUUUCCCAACAUGAUAGUCGAGAAGUGUGGGUGCACCAUGGACAAUAUUGCUGUCGUUUGAAACGUGUGACCGUUCCAAUCCUGACCAGAAUCCACAAGAGAUAUACACUACUUUUAUAUUUACUCAAGUUAUUGUAUCACACUUGCUUUUGGAGCACUUAUCUUUGUAUAUAAUGUAAUUUUUAAUUUUACGCGGCGUUUUUCAUGCAUGUUGUUCAAUGAUAUGACGCAAGACAAUUAGUGUCGAAGUGAACAUUGAGUGUUAUAUUUCGUGUGUG